GUUCAUCAAUAAAUUUUCUUAGCCUUGCCUAUUGCCAUUAUUUAACAAUAAUCAACCAAAUGUUGUGACAUAUUUUAAUUCCACAGACCCUCCCACACCCCUUCCCACAAAACCAUAAUCACAAUGCUCCCAUUCACCAACUACUACAUUUCUAACUCAUCCAUGUCCGAGAACAAUGUUAACAACAGCAAGAGGAGGAAGAAGAAACGUUCGAUGAUGGUUUAUGGAGGCGGAGGAGGAGAUAAUUUGGCGGUGGUGAAGGCGGCGGCGUGGGCUUGGUAUCAAAGGAAGGAAGGCAAACCGAUUAUGAGAGAGUUUGAGAUAACAAGAGCACCGAGAACACCUCGACCUUCGCGGUACAAGAUUGAAGCUACAAAGAACAUGAUCCUCUCCGACAACAAGGUUUUAGCCGAGAAUAGGGUUUCUAAGUCUUCUCUUUGGUACACAAAUUUCCAUUAUCAAGAGGAUCAAGAAACUCAAUACUCUCGUCUACUUGACACUUACGAGAUCAAGAACAUCUCAAAAAGGCUUCAUUCUGAUGAUCCUAGUUUAUCCGUGAGUUUGAGCAGUGCUUUCAUGUUGAGUGACGAUAAUCAUAAUCAUGAUUGUGGUUGUGAUGAUCAUGGUAUGUUAAAGAGAACUGGCUAUGAUAAGAAUACUACUAGUAGUGGAAAAACUGAUAACAAGAUUUCCGUGAAAAAAGUGAGCAAAAGAAGUUUGUGGAAGGGACUGAUUGUUAUGGGUCCAGUGUCUACGGUUUGUGGAAGAAGCGAUGAUGUGGAUUUACGGGCUUCUAAAGCUAGCCGGAGAACAGUCAAGGUUGCGGCUGCGGCCGAGGCUCUCCUCAGGUCGGCAGCAAGUGGCAAGACUCAGACCCGUAGUCGCUAACUUUACUGGUUAUUAGGAUGGAAAGAUUUGAACAAUUUCUUAAAAAUUCGUACAUUUUCAUGUUUCUGUAUUUUGAUGAACUAGCUGUGUAGUUUCUUCCAGUUUCACUAAAUAAGUACAUAUAUUUUCUGUAACAAAAAAAAACGUACAUCUAUUUUUCAAAUUAAUAUGUACAUCUUCGGGGGACCAAAAUGACAAGAAAAUAUUGAAUUUCUUCCAACUCGGUUGUGACCUCACAUUUGUACUGAUGCCUUAAAAUCAUACGAAAUAAUUUUAACAUUAGA